GUGCGCAGUGCGCGCACCCCACACGAGUUCUCCUUGUUCCCUGCAUUCCGCCACAUUCCUUUAGUUUAGUCUCGGCCUGUGCGCUUGCAGCACGUAAUCGAGCUUCUCGCUGAGCGCGAACUUGUUUUGGUGAUCAGUGAUGUGUUUUGACGAAAAUAAAUCGUGACAUCAUCUGAUUCAUUUGUUGCUAGAAUGUUUAUCGGUGUUUGAGCAGGUGUGGUCUAUCGAGAGCCGGGUACACUCAUUGAUUAACGCACAGCUUCAACGCUCAUUAUUGUUUUCCACAGAUUUGCGUUCAGUUGUAUUUUCAGUUUGGAUCAUCUGCAUCUUGCACACGACCAUGAAUUCCAACAAGGAAAGUCAAGACACUAUGACUGUGCAAAGUAAGGAAGAAGAAAAAGAUGUUCACAUCCAUGCUGCUGGCAGUUCCACCACUGAACUUUUAUUCAGUGCUAUUAAAAAGGUUGCCUUGGUUGGGACAGUUUAUUUAUGUGGUUACAUGAAUUGGUCUGUUGCCUGGUUGAUUGGUCCAGUUGUACUCCUUGUAUUAAGAGAUCAGUGGCGUCGUGAUGGGAAGAUUAAGAGAGACAUGGCUAAAGCUGUUGCUACCUCUAAUGAAAAAGAGGUCAUUCUGGCAAGAAUCAAUGACUUGCCUGCUUGGGUUUUCUUUCCAGACAUUGAGAGGACUGAAUGGUUGAAUAGGAUCAUAAAACAGUGUUGGCCAAAUGUAAAUUCGUAUGUGAAAGCAUUAAUAACACAGUCGAUCGAACCAGCGUUGCGCAAAAGCUUGGAGGGGUACAAGCUUAACGGAUUUAAGUUCGAACGCAUCAUUCUGGGAGAUAUUCCGUUUCGUAUUGGAGGUGUCAAGGUAUACGAGAAACACAUUGCUCGUAAUGAAAUUAUAAUGGAUUUGGAUAUUUACUAUGCUGGUAAUUGUGAUAUAAACUUUAUUCUCUCAGGAAUGAAAGGUGGAAUUAGGGAUUUCCAGUUACACGGAAUGCUCCGUGUGGUAAUGAAACCUUUGAUUACAUCGAUUCCUCUAAUUGGCGGACUGCAAGUGUUCUUCUUAAAUAACCCGUCCAUUGACUUUAACUUAGUCGGUGUAAUUGAUGUUCUUGACAUGCCUGGCAUUAGUGAUAUUUUACGAAGAAUUGUAGUAGAACAAGUCGCUGCAAUGAUGGUAUUACCGAACAAAUUCCCAAUCAAACUUAGCGAUGCUAUCGAAGUCAUUGACUUGAAGCGGCCUGAACCGGAAGGAGUGCUACGUGUUCAUGUCAUAGAAGCUAAAAACCUUAUGAAAAAGGACAUUGGCUUGCUUGGCAAGGGCAAGUCAGAUCCGUACGCAGUACUUACGGUUGGCGCACAGGAAUUCCGCACACAGACAAUUUUAAAUACUGUGGACCCGAAGUGGGAUCAUUGGUGCGAGUUCGUUGUGGAUAUCGCUUCCGGAAUGAAACUGCAAAUGCAGUUGUUUGACUAUGACAAUGGUCCAAACGACGACAAACUGGGAAGAGCCACAAUCGAAGUUGCUAAUAUUGCGUCAAAGGGACGUGAAGACACAUGGAUUACAUUGGAGCAAGCAACAAAGGGACUUGUACAUUUGCGUUUGUACUGGAUGUCAUUGAGUGCGGAUUACACAGAUCUCAAGGCGGCUUUGGCUGAAACACAAAUGUUGCGUGUUACUGCAAUGCACACGGCUAUUCUUUGCCUCUACGUCGAUUCCGCUAAAAUGUUGCCACAACCUAGAUCUUCAACGAAGCCAGAUCCGUAUUUGAUGAUUACACUAGGCAAGAAUACGCAGCAAACGGGCGUUAUAAUGCGCACUACAGACCCCGUAUGGGAGCAAGGAUUUACGUUUAUGGUCGCUAAUCCAGAAUCAGACUCGAUGUAUUUUAAAGUCAUGGAUCAAAAGACGGGUAAUGAGAUGGGCGAAUUGGUAUACCAAUUGACGACACUUUCGAAGAAGGUCAAUCUAACCGUACCACAACAACCUUUUGGGUUGAAGAAAGGUGGUCCUGAGAGCAAGCUUGUCAUGUCAUUGCAUAUGCGGAUUCUUAAGAGUCCUGAUGUUGAAGAAGAAGAUACAUUUGCUUUAAAUCGACAAGGCUCCACUAAAUCAUCAACUGCUUCAGUACCCCCAAGCCCUGCUAAAGUAUCAGUUUCACGUGAACCAUCUGAAAGUAGUGUGAGUGGAUCGACACAACCUUUGCUGUCAAAUACCGCCGAAGAGACGGCGGAAGAAGUUUUUGAACAAAGCAGAGGACCAAAUUUGUCUUCUUCGCCUGAAGAAAUGUCUUUAUUGCAUCGUACUCCUAGUGCGACUUCUUCCGCUGGUGGUCAUGGACUGGGAAGAAUUCAAAUGACAUUGCGCUACAGCGUACAAAGACAACGUUUAAUUGUUGUGGUGCACAAAGUUGCUAACAUACCACUGAAGGAUCCUUCAAGUAUUCCUGAUCCAUAUGUGAAGUUGUAUUUGUUACCCGAACGCUCCAAAGAAUCCAAACGUAAAACAAACGUUAUUAAGGAUAAUUGCAAUCCGAUAUUCGACGAAACAUUCGAGUACCUAAUUUCCCAAGCUGAGCUAGCAAGUCUUCAGCUGGAAGUGACUAUCUGCACCCAAAAGCAGUUGUUCUACUCAAGCAGUAAUGUUUUGGGCCAGGUUAUUGUCGACCUAAGCGAGCAUAGCUUGACACAGCCGCUCAAUGCUUGGUUUGAUUUGCAACCAGAAAAGGAUUAAAAUUAAAAGAAGUGCUCUAUUUAAUUAUUUUCAUAUUCAAAUUUUAUCUUAUCCUAUCGAUCAUGCAUUUACAAAUAUGCAUUAUUGAUGCAGCGCUUAAUUAAAUGUUGAUACUACAUAUUUCAAUAUUAUGACGAUGUUAAUUGUGGUGUUCAUUAAUUAUAUUCUAAGCCUAAUAUGAAAGUGUUUAACACAAAGUUUUAUUAUCGAUUUUGUCUUUUUGACUUGACAUAAAUAUAAAAAUUAUGAUUGGGAAA